CGGGCCAACCAAGAACGAUGAGUUCCAUUGGCGAUCGUUUGAAGAAAGGAGGCCCUCCAUUGGCGUCCAUUGAAAGUCUAUUGAGCUGUGAGGCUAAAUCCACUCCGAGAUCGGAAAAUAAUACACUCCACGAGGCUGAAUUGUUUGAACCUGUUAGGAACUCGGCUGCAGCGGCGGUCACCUCUCCAUUGGCCAUGGCCACGGGGAGAGGAAAUGGUGGGCCUCCACCAGACAAUCAUCACCAAGCCUCAGCUCCCAGCUCGCCUAUCCUUAGCUUUGAGGAUUUCCAAAAAUUGCCCAACGAUAAGCAAUCCGAGGAGAUCUUCAAGCUCUUAGCCAUGCUCACUCCAUUCGCCAGUGAGGUUAGCUCAUUACGGGGAAGUGUCGAAAGUGCCCUCAAUCGCAUAGGUGAAUUGGAACAAGUGAAUCGCAUGGGACUUGGGCUGGCUUGCACAGCAGCACAAGGGAAAAUAUUCAAAGGCUCCGGGAAUCCAUAUGAGGAUCCUGAGGGCUCACCACGCUCAGGGACCCCACUUCUCCGUGAUCUCAUGUCAGACUCGACUCCUCCAGAUCAGUUCAUCAUUGCCAAAUCCAGGCAGAUGAACCGCCGUGUGACUCUGAAUGUGGGAGGUGUACGCCAUGAGGUGAUGUGGAAAAUGUUGGAAGGCAUCCCAAGGUCUCGCUUGGGACGCCUGGCCCUUCAAGCCCCCACUCACGAUAAGAUAUUAGACCUUUGUGAUGCCUACUCCUUGGUUGAUAACGAGUACUUCUUUGACCGCCAUCCUAGGUCCUUCAAUUCCAUUCUGAACUUUUACCGAACAGGCAAACUUCACGUUGUGGAUGAAAUGUGUGUCAUGGCCUUCACUGACGAUCUUGAUUUCUGGGGCAUCGAUGAGGUGUACCUAGAGACAUGUUGUCAAAACAAGUUCAACACUCGAAAAGAGCACAUAGUCGACGAGAUGAAGAAGGAAGCUGCCAAUAUUUCGAAGGAAGUUGAAGAGGACUUUGGAGAUGGGAAAUUUGCCAAAUACCAAAAAUGCUUAUGGGAUCUCAUUGAGAAACCCCACACGUCAACGGCUGCCAAGGUGAUCUCUGUGAUAUCAAUUGCGUUUGUGGUGGUAUCCACUGUCGGUAUGACUCUUAAUACCAUGCCGUCUAUCCAACAUCGCAGUCCUGAAGGAGAGGCCAUCGACAAUCCCAAACUCGCUCUCAUCGAGGCAGUUUGUAUCUCGUGGUUCACAAUUGAAUAUUUGCUCAGGUUUGCCGGCUCACCCCAAAAGUGGGAGUUUGUCAAAGGUGCCAUGAAUGUCAUUGACGUGUUGGCCAUCCUUCCAUACUAUGUCUCCCUGUUCCUCAUGGAACCCGAGCACAUAACUCCAGGAGAUGUGCAAACCACCACAACCACCACAACGUUAGCAAGUAUAGAGGUGGAAGAAGAGGGCGGUGCCUCAUUCGACGAUGUUCGCAGAAUCAUUCAGGUGUUUCGAAUUAUGCGUAUCAUGAGAAUCUUCAAGCUAGCUCGUCACUCCACCGGUCUCCAGUCCAUUGCCUUCACGUUGAAGAACAGUUACAAGGAGCUGGGCUUGCUCAUGCUCUUCUUGGCCAUGGGAGUGCUCAUUUUUUCCAGCUUGUGCUACUUCGCAGAAAAAGAGGAACCGGACACGGAUUUCUCUUCGAUUCCAGCCUCCUUUUGGUGGGCCAUCAUUACCAUGACCACAGUGGGAUACGGUGACAUGGCUCCGGUCACGGGUUUCGGGAAGGCAGUGGGAACUUGUUGUGCCAUCAGCGGUGUCUUGGUCAUGGCCCUUCCCAUUCCCAUCAUUGUGAACAAUUUCGCCGAGUUCUACAACGAGCAGAUCAAACGCGAAAAAGCCAUCAAGAGGAAGGAAGCCUUGGAAUUAGCCAAGAAAGAGGAAGAAGAGGCCCGAUUGGCGGAGGUGGAAGGCCUGGUUGACCUGUUACAGAAAGAACCGGGGCCUUUCAAGUCCCCACCUCUAUCUCCGCCAGAUGGUCUCACCAUUAGACAGGCCAAUAGCCUGAGAGACCAUGUGGGGAGUCGAAGUUCCAUUCUGAGGGAGAACAGUAUUCGAAACAAUAGUAUGGGAGACCGGCACAGCAUUCGGUGAGGGAGAAGGCACUCUGAAGAGAUCCACAACACUCAACCAGGCGUUAAAAAAAAACAGUAUAAUCUCCAGCGCUUCCACGUUGAGCCCAGGCAAGCUAUCUGAACUUCUGAAGCCAUUCCUUUGAUGACUUUCCUUCGUACUCACUCAGCUACAAAUCUUUUUGAAAGUGGAAACCCAUUUUUUCUUCGCAAUUUCACUGGCAUCCAAGUGCCUCGUUCGAAAACUUCAGAGGCCAACAACUAGUUCAUUGACGACGGGAUCGCGUGAUUCCAUGACAUUGGUGGCUCCAACAUCUUUAGAAAUGGAAGAACUGGCACAGAAAGAGACCACAAUCCCCGGCACCCUGUGUCGGUAUGCAGCCGCCAUCUAUUCAUUCAUUCAUGCCACACCGAGAACCUCGGCAAUGUCCCAAUCGGUCCCAAUGCAGUAAGGUUGGGUGGGUCAUAAAAACUCCUCCAGGCAUAUUUUGCAGUUCAUCCCUCCCUCUUGGCCCUCUGGUACGUUCAUUGCCUGCUCACUUCGAGACAACAACUACAUACGGUAUUAUUCUAUCUCUCGCUCUCUCCUGUUUCCCAAUCUUCUGAUACUCCUGGACCUCUCUUGAUGAGUUGCUCAAUGGCUACACGACUGAGUUUUGAAGGCAGAGCGUGUUCCAACUCAAUUUUUACAACCAAAAACAGGACUCAGAUCCCGCACGCACAUCUUUACAGAGUUCUCCUCUCUUGCUUCAUUUGGACUCAUUCACACACCCACUCGAAACACAGAAUGACCAUUUGCAGUCAUCUUCAUUAACUAACAACUGCUGUUACUACUUACUACUACUACUACUGCUACUACUACUUCACCUACCACAACAAUAAAAAACAAAAACAGCAUCAACAUCAUCAUCAUCCAUCCUGAAACGGACGGUGACCGGUUCAUAAAGUAAUCAUCCAUUUCUAUCUGCAAAAGCCUGCCUACUCCAAUCAUCUCACCACUUACCAAUACCUAAAACAACACUCAUAGUAAUAAUGAGUCCUUGCGACGAAAUCAUCACCAUUCAUGAUCACAACCAUCGCGGAUAACCAGAAUAUCCUCAAGAACAGGGUUGAAUAACCAAGUACAUAUUGUUAUGUUUAUGAUCUUGAAAAUUAUUUCGUUCUCUCAUAAUCAUUACGAUGAUUGAUUACCCUCAUCACCAUUACACACUAUUGAUUACACUCUUUGGCAAAAAACAGCCGAGCUACAUAUGAACUACUCGUUUGCAUGGAGUUUCACUUGAACCCUCCCCUCCUUUGAAAUGCUCCUUAUACCGGCUCAAAUUUCAAUUGAUCCCAUUUACUCACUAACAAUCCUUACCAGCUCUGCACCACUGUUGCUCCAAAGACAAAACCCAGAAAACGAAUGCUCGAAAACGUACAUCACCCGUGGAAAAUUGUCAAUUAAGCCCGUCCGCAAGAAUUGUUGAAAGUCAUUUCAGGCUUCCGCGUCUUUGGAACCGAGUCUUUGGAACCGAUUUAGAACUCUAAAUCUUCAUCUACCACCAAACACAAUCUAAAGCAUAGUCAUCGACCACUCUUGCAUCAUACAUACAUGAGCUUUUGACCCCAAAAGGAUUCGUAUCAACUUUAACACACGAUCUUAAUCUUGGGCACGUUUGGUUUCUGAACCGGUCUCGAAAGAUGGUCUGCAGCCUGAAUGUCAUUCAUCUUUGAUCGAAGCCUCAUUGAAAGUCAAUCGUUUAAGAACGUACAGAUCAAGAACUACGUAGAAACACCGUACACUUCAGCUGAAUCCCUCGUCCCCCUGCGUACAAUGAAUGAAUGACCUGGGUCAAUUCGGAAUCAAUUCUGAAUCGAUUGUUUGCUCACCCUAUUUAGCGUCUCAAUUCUUCCCCUAGCUUACAAAAAUCAGCCCUCUACUAAAGUUCCUUUGACCAAACUUGGGCACAUUGGAAAUGGCCAAACAUGCCGCCCUCCAUUCGAUAUUCCCGCAGAAUAUUCUUGUCAGCUCAUUCGUUCCCGAUGCAAGCAAUCCUUCUUGUUUCCUUUCCGUUGAGCAACCCUUUUUCGAUCGUGUUUGACUCCGAACCAGUGGUUGUGAUUCCUCUUGCUCCUCGAAAAAACGCGACAAUCCUCAAUUACACAACCAAGACAAUCGCUCCUUCAUCGAAAACGAAUGGUUAAACA